CUCCCUGCCCCGCCUCCUCUCCAGGAGCGUCUGCGGAACUUCUUGCCUCCGGGCGAGAGAAAAAAGGCGGGGGCGCCGGAGGAGGAAUAGAGGAGCUUCGUGGCGGCGCUGGCUGUUAUGAACCCCCACGGAACCAGUCGAGCUGUUUGCCGCAUUGAAAUUCCAGACUGCCAAAACGGAUUAGGCAUUAAAAUUAUUGGCGGCUAUCAAGAGCUAUCUGAAGAAGAGAGUGGUAUUUUCAUAAAGGAGAUACGGCCUGGUGGGAUGGCUGCACUAGACAGUCGGUUGCUUAUUGGAGACCUGAUUUUAGAAGUCAAUGGAGAAAACUUAGUUGGUGUAACUAACAAAAGAGCUCAUGAUAUCUUGGAGAUGGCAUCAGCAACCAGUCGUGUAUCUUUGCUCAUUGGCAGAGAUGAAGAAGCAAAGAAAGAAUUUCUAGAUCUAAUGGAAAAGUAUGACUUGCCCAGUAACAUGAGCUCUGCAAGGAAUUCUCUGACCGAGCUGCUAGUCGGUCAGCCAGCUGACGGCUUGUCUUCUGGGUCAUCUUCAAGGUCAUCAAGCCCUCCACUGCUCCGUCCCAACGACACCGUCACAAGCUACCCUGGAAAGCCUGCCCUGGCAGCCUCCCUUCAAGCCACCACCAACGACAGCCUGUUUCGGAUCAUCACCGUUUCCAAGGGAACAGGCCUCGGCUUGAACAUUGUAGGAGGCAUUAACAGAAAUGAAGGGCCCUUGGUGUAUAUUCUGGAAGUUAUUCCUGGAGGUGAUUGCCAUAAGGAUGGUCGACUGAGAGCCGGAGACCAGCUUGUGUCUGUUAACAGGGAAUCAUUGAUUGGGGUCACCCAUGAAGAAGCAAGAAAUCUACUCCACGGGUCAAAGCUAAGAUCAGAUUCUUCAUGGGAGAUAGCAUUUGUUCGACAGGAAGCUGUUCACGGUCACAUGGAAAAUACGCAGCCCGCCUCUGGUCGCUUACCGUCAGGUGGCUAUGGGCUGCAGCGUACUCCACAGACUCUUAGUCCGGGGUUGUCUCCUAAUGAGCAUAUUACUGCAAAGAGGCCCAUUCUGAGCACGAAGGCUGAAUGCAAGGCGAGAGAUAAAUCUUCGACAGCUUCUGCCAACAACAAUACUGCCGUUGGAACUGCUGGCGCCUCUGGCCCCACCUGGAGUGAUGAUUAUGGACCGCAAAGAAGGAAGAUUUCCCUCAACCCUUCAGUUCGUCUCCAAGCAGAUAAACUAGAGAUGGCACUGAAUUACCUUGGGAUUCAUCCUACAGAAGAGCAGCAAGAAGUCCUACGGCAGCAGCUACCAAAGGAUUCUAAAGGAACAGUGUCGUUUGGAGAUUUCGUUCAGGUGGCAAGAAAUCUAUUCUCCUUGCAGUUGGAUGGGGCAGAGGGUGCCGGAGGACCCACCGUGUUUAGCCCAAGUGAAAUUGGCAGAUUAGUUUCACAGUUUGUAUCUCACGAGCCUUUGGAAACAGAUGAGGUGGAGGGACUUCGGAAAGAGAGAAAUGAAGCUUUAAAAGAAAUAUGUAAAUUGAAGGAAGAAUUGGCUGAAUCUGAACGGGUGAGAAAACUAACAGAAGAACUGCAAACUACUAAACAAGAAGCCAAGGCAUCUGUGGAAGAGACACGGGCCCUGCGGAGCAGAAUCCAUCUUGCUGAAGCCGCACAAAUGCAAGCGGGUCGGAUGGAAAUGGACUAUGAGGAAGUAAUCCGCCUUUUAGAGGUGGAAAUCGCGGCACUGAGGGCUCAGCUUACUGAUCACUGCGGCCAAAAUAAAGACAGUGUUCAGGAUCUAAGGAAGAGAAUUACUGUGCUGGACUGCCAGCUGAGAAAAUCUGAAACCGCCAAGAAAACGUUUGAGGUGGCAACUGAGAAGUUACUGCAGUUUGUCGAGGUUGUACAUGAAGCACUAUCCGAUAACCUCCCUUCCCAGUCCAAUCUAAGCGAUAGAAAAGCCACGUACUCUUCUAAAAUGCUUCUCGCGCGCCUCGGGAGGAAUGGCCGCACCAUCACAGCAUCCCUUGCUACUGAAGCCAGAGAACUUGCUAAGUCUAUCCGGGCCAUUCUGGAAGCAGACUGCCUGCCUUAUGGAUGGGAAGAGGCUCAUACUGCAGAUGGAAUCAAAUACUUCAUCAACCACGUGACACAGACAACGUCCUGGAUCCAUCCGGUCACGAAUGUCCUUGCCUUGCCGUACCCUGAAGAGAAUGAGGACGAUGGCUUCCGAGAGCUCCCAGAUCCCAAAAGCUGAGGAUGUCCGCUAGUGGACACGGAGUCCAUUGUGGUUUCAACCUGCUUGUUGAAAAUUGACCCAUUUCCAAUAGUCGGCAGUUGAUGAGCUAGUUCUGGUGAGAAUUAUUAGAAGCUUUGCUACCGCUUGAUGGAGAAAAGAGUUGCUCCUUCACAGUACCUGUCUCUGCAUCAAGUGGCUUUUUUUGCAGGCGGAUGAGCCCAGACUCCCAAAAGAUGGGUUGGUGUUAAUUUGCCUUAUGCAGCAAGCGCUCAAUAAUUGAUCCGAUUGGGGGGAAAGAAUGAUCCGUACCUGCCUCUAACACCUACUCGUCAUUUGUGUAGCUACAAGCUGGGGGCCUGUGAGGGAUCUCAGCAAGCAAAAUGGUGUGGGAGGAACUGCACUCACCGCUCACAAUCUCUCCGCCCUUCCAGGAUUCUGUAAGCUCCCCGGGGUUUAGGCCGGUUUUCUCAUCCCUUCCCCACUGGCCUCCGUUCUUUCCGUAACUGAUUCUGAGCUGCUUAUCCCCAUUCCAGCCCUUCAGAAGCAUUUUCAGGCCUCAUCAGGUCAGGGUUGUUUUUUUUUCGGUUUUUGCUUUUUGUCCGAUUGCAAGGCCAUUUUUUUUCUGUAUACCAGAGCCCAAGAUAGGGCUGCGCAGAUCAGGCUUGGUGUUCAGUGACUGGACACACACACACACGUCUGUAGCUCAUGAACUAGGCGGAGGCCUCCUUUGCUUGGAGCAGAGACGGCCGUCCGGAGGCACCAGGUGUUAUCUAUAGCCAGGGCUUUUUUUUCUGGGAAAAGAGGUGGUGGAACUCAGGACUGCACAAUGAUGUCACUGUGGGUCAGCUGGAACAAGGGGGAAGUUUUUUAAAGUUUAUAUCA